AUGCGGAUACCCCACUCCUCCGAGUUCCCGGAGACCCCUACUCCAGAUGCCUCCCAUAUCGGCAUCCCCCUCAGGUGGCUGACCAGGAACGAAACCGAUCCCGAGGAUCCCCGGGAUCAGUCAACCUACAACACAACUCUUACCCCGCCAUCGAUUUCGAACACUACCCCGAUCCUAAUUACCCCCAAAUACUACCCUGGGUCCCCCCCCCAACUUCUUCCCUCUAGUGGUGUGCCUACGGUUUCCGAGGUUAGGCAUCCACCCCAAUGCACUCCUAACUUCGAAGAGGCAUGCAAAACUAUUCAAUCUCUUGAGCGCUUGCUCCGAGAGGUGCGCCUCUUGCAAGCAGAUACCUUUUUCGGCAACCCCUAUUGGAGCGAUUUGAAUCUCUUUUGUAAGGAUUUCGAGAGAUUCCUGAGUCAGGAAAGCGAUUUCUUCUUCAUCUUCGUGGGCGGAGCUUCGGUGGCUACUGAUGCAGAUCUGGAGGGGCUUCGUAUCGUCGCCCAAGCCAUCUUCGAUGAGUGGAGUGGUAUGAAGAAGGCUGUCUUGACAAACAACCCGGGCGAGGAGUUCGAGGAUGAGGAUGCAAUAGUUUUUGAUUAGGGAUUGUGGUAUUCAAGGUAUCCCGAACCUUCCAGAUUUUCUUUCCGGAUCAUCCAUCACGAUACAUCUUUGUCCCUACUUUCUCCACUACUGCUAUCCCGGGCAUAGCAAUAGGCAUGCUAGUUAAGGGGCAUAAACAACGCCAAGUCCCAAUCCUCCAAUCCCCCAUUCCCCUCGAUCAACUUUUUUCCCCUCAUUGAAAGGGAUUUUUUUUCUCACCAGAUUACCCCUUACCCCAUAAAACUAAUCCUAAUCGACAAUCACCAAGUAUCUCUUUGAUAUUCGUAUCAACUUGUCACAUAUUUUCAAACAUCUAUCCUAAUAAAAAUAAAAUUUCUGCACUUUUACAAGCACCUAUUGAUAUCAAGCAUCUCGCAUUUCACAUUAACAGCUCCACACUCC